GCGUCAUCGCUGAACUGGUGACGUCGAAAUGCUGCGACGGUGCCUCAGCUUCAAACAUGGCUUCAAGAUUAGAAAUCAAUUUUAUCCGAUUAUUAUCCCGCUGUGAAUCUAUAGCUUCCGAGAAAAGAGCGGAAACCGAAUGGAGGCUAGAAAAGUAUGUUGGUGCCCUGGAGGAGAUGCUGGUGGCUCUGAGGAAAAGCCCUAGCAAACCAACAGCAGAAAUGAUGACUGAAUAUUCAAGGAAAGUCGAUUUUCUGAAAGGGCUUCUUGAGGCAGAGAAACUGACUUCACCAUCAGAAAAAGCUUUGGCUAAUCAGUUCCUCACCCCCGGGCGAACACCCACAAUAGGCAAUGAGAGGAUGCCUGCCUCAAAAACUGUCCACAUGCAGACGAAGGCCCGGUGUACGGGAGAGAUGAGGGACGAGCUGCUUGGCACAGGGAUGUCCGGCAAAGGCACAUCGGAAACAGACUUGCGAAACAGAAAAGGUCUUCCUAUGGAUGAGCGUCAGUCUGCUGCAGAGCUCGAGGCCGUCAUGCAGCACCACCACAACCUCCAGGAGAAACUUGCCGAGGACAUGCUCAACCUGGCCCGAAACUUGAAGAACAACACUCUGGCAGCGCAGAACAUCAUCAAACAGGACAACCAGACCCUGAGCCAGUCCAUGCGCCAGGCCGACGUGAACUUUGAGAAGCUGAAGAAUGAGUCGGAGCGACUGGAGCAGCACACCAAGAAGUCAGUCAACUGGUUGCUGUGGCUGAUGCUCAUCCUGGUCUCCUUCAGCUUCAUCAGCAUGAUCCUCUUCAUCCGAAUCUUCCCCCGGCUUCGAUGAUGAUGACCGUCCACAAUCCCGAACUAUUAGCGCUGUGGCCUGCUGUGUUUACAGAGAAGUACCUACAUAAGCCUCCUGGAUCUGCUCACACACACACACACACACACACACACACACACACACACAGAACCAAAACAUUUGCACUUUUGAAACAAAGUCUUCCUCUAAACGAGCUGAUGGGACUAAAAAAUGUAGUUUGAAGUCUUGGCCUACCUUUUUUUUUUUUUUUUUUUAAAGAGCUUUUUGUUGGAGGCUUUUUGCAAGCAGCAACAUGUCUUAAUAGCCAGACAGCGGGGGCUGAGCCUUAAUAGUUUUAAUCCCUUUCAGGUAUGCUAUUAGCCAUUCAAUACACGUAUGUACUUCAUCCUUUAGUGUGACCUAAAUAAUCUUUUACAGAAAAAUAAAUGUUGCCAUGCAUUGGUCUUAAAGUGUUUACCAACAGUUCGGCAUUACUGUAUAUUAGCUACAGUUUAAACACUACAUUAAUACUCAAUUGACUAUGUAUAAAUGUGGACUUAUAACACUUGACUAACUGCCCCUAUUUGACAUUUAUGAGCACAAUAGAAAUGUUUAGUGAAUGGUUUAUCACAAUAUACUGUUGCAAUGAUGAUGAUUGAAAGUGUUUUUCAACAAUUCUAACUUCCAUGAAGACAAAUUAUUAUAUGUCCUAUAUUAUCAUUCGUUAUCUGUUUGUAGUGCUAUGAUUCACUCGUUAAAUGUUUUCUAUGGUGCUUAUGAUUGCUAAAUAAGGAGGUUAAAGCGUUUUAUUGAAACGGUAUAAUACAAAUUGCAAACAAGAUUCCCAUUAUCAGUUUAAUUUGUCAUCUUCAACGUUGAAGACGUUCAUCUUAGAGAUUUGUGUCGUUAGGAGUUCAAAACUCCUCACCCUGUGUGAUUCGCUCAUUCCUGUUUGUUUAGGAGUCUGUUUGUGUCCACCAGGUGGGGGAUGUGUGUUGUGUUGUUGAUGACUGCAGAUGUCGAUGAAGUAAGAUUUUGUUCUCAUUAAAAUGACUGUAACCGCU